UCCGCUCCCACCGGCCCGGCACCAUGACCGUCACACGGCUCGACCAGGGGCAGCGCCACCGCCCGCGGAUGGCCUUCCUGAAAAAGAUCGAAGCGCUUAUGAUGGAGAUGCAGAAUCCAGACACAGGCAUCAAGACGCAGACGCAGAGGGUGCUGAUCACGAACAUCCCACAUGCUGUGGCAGGUAAUGAUAUCUUCCAGUGGAUUCUCCAACGCUUGCAGAUCACUGAGGAAGAGGCACUCCACCUGGGGGACCUGUUUGUCAAAUAUGGGUACAUCUACCCUCUUCUGGAGCCAAAGAAUCUCACCCUUAAGACAGACGGCAGCCUGUACAGGUUUCAAACCCCCUAUUUCUGGCCGGCGCAGAGCUGGCCUGCUGAUGACACAGACUAUGCAAUUUACCUAGCGAAGAAGAACAUUAAGAGGAAAGGGAUUUUAGAAGAAUAUGAGAAGGAACAUUACAACAUGCUCAAUCAAAAAAUAAACUACAAGUGGGAUUUUGUUAUUAUGCAGGCCAAAGAGCAGUAUAAGGCGGGGAAGGAGCGGAAGAAGGCGGAUAGGUAUGCCCUGGACUGCCAGGAGAGAGCCUACUGGCUUGUGAACCGGACUCCCCCUGGCAUGCUAGACGUCCUCGAGUACGGAUUAGACCGUGUAACGGAUCCCAAUGAAAAUAAGAAAAAAAAUAUAGCCUUUUACAGGAGAGAGAUCAUGUACUAUCAGCAGGCCAUCAUGAAGACCAGAGUGAAAUCUUCUGUCUCUCUUGGAGGGCUGGUGAAGUACUCUGAGCAGUUCCUCUCCAACGAUCCUAUCCUGUCUGGAUGUCUCCCCAGCAACCCCUGGAUAACAGAUGACGCUGACUUCUGGGAUCUCAAUGCCAAACUGGUGGAAGUCCCCACCAGAAUGCGUGUGGAGCGAUGGGCCUUCAAUUUUAACGAGCUCAUACGGGACCCGAAAGGUCGACAGAACUUCCAGAUCUUCCUGAGGAAGGAGUUCAGCGGGGAGAAUCUGAGUUUCUGGGAAGCCUGUGAGGAUCUCAAGUAUGGAGACCAAUCCAAGGUCAAAGAAAAAGCAGAAGAAAUUUACAAGCUCUUCCUGGCUCCAGGAGCAAGGCGCUGGAUUAACAUUGAUGGCACAACAAUGGGCAUCACUGUCAAAGGUCUCCAGCACCCUCAUCGUUAUGUUUUAGAUGCUGCUCAGACCCACAUUUACAUGCUGAUGAAAAAGGACUCCUAUGGCCGCUAUUUAAAGUCUCCAGUAUACAAGGAAAUGCUGGCCAAGGCUGUUGUGCCACAAGAGACUGUCAAAAAAAGUUCCACUUUCCUGUUUGGCCGCCGUCAGCUCCGCUCCAGCCCCAGCCCCAUCAUCCUGAGGCAGCAGGAGGAAGAGGCCAAAGCCAGAGAAGCCGCCACGACCGUGGACAUCACACAGGUCAUGAGCAAGCUGGAUCGCAGGAGCCAGCUCAAGAAGGAACCUCCCAAGUAGGCUCUGAGCCCCGCAGGGAAAAGACAAGCCGAGGCUGGUGUUGAGCUUCGUCUCCCCUUCCUGAAGAUGUCAGUGCUGCUUUAGGUUUCCCCGGCCGGCUCUGCCAGCAGCCGCAUCCUGCACGUUGCCAUGGCUCCUGCAGCAGCAGAUGUCACUCCCCAGGCAUGGGAGUGCUGCUGGAGCCAGGCCGCUGGCCGUGCCGGGCUCGGGGUGCAGGGCCUCGGCUCCCGCCCUGCACACCCUGGAGUGGGAAAAUGCCUUCUGGCUUCCCCAAGCCCCCUCCCGAGGUUGGGCAGUCUCUCCCUGCCUCCUGCUCCUCCAGGAGGUGGGAUGGCACAAGGCAGAGUAAAGCUCUGCAGUCCCAGUCCUUCGGGUUCAAAUCAGCCUUCCUCGGAGCAGAGGUGGGUGGCCCCGCAGGGAGCAGGGCGAGGUGGCCCUCGGAGCACGCCCGUCCUCUCGGGGGGGGCGUGCACCCUCCCAAGGGGCUCAUCCUGGGCACCCCCUGAGAGGAGUGCACCCCUCACUUUGAGCAUCCUGCACCUCCUAGCCAGCACAGCGGAGCCACAGGCAGAAGAGCGGGGUACGCUUCUUGUGAGGGUGGUAGGAUGAGUGUUUCUGAAGGUUUAGUUUGAAUUUUAACGCCACUCCCGAUUUCCCCCGGCACGUUGGAGAUGCUCAGCAGAGAGCUCUGCUCUCCCCUGAGACUCCCCCACACGAUGGGCUGGGUGUGCAGGUGUACAGAGCCUGCAGGAGGGCUUGAGAGAUGCAGCCGUGGCUUUGUGUUUCUUUUAUCAAAUCCUUCUUACCUCUUGUCUUGUCUUUUUCCUGCUCUUCUAUUUUCUGUCGUUAAAAAAAAAAAAAAAAAUGAACAGGAGGUAGUUCCAGUUGUCAGUGGCUUGUAGCCCAGAGGCGAGGAAGAACCAGGGUAGAGGUGUUAAGAGCUGAUUUUAAAUUUAAGUAGUGGUUGUCUUUUGGGCUGGUUUUUUUUUUUUUUUCAUUUGCUCUGUUUCUUUCCCUUUUUAGAAUGAGGCAACCUAAAAUACUACCUUAGUGCUAAAGAGCUCAGGGAGAUUCCAGGCUUUGCUGGGAAACCCCUGCGUGUCUGGACAAGGCCGAUGAUUACCAGAACUGGUAACAUUCCUGGAAAGCCUAGUAAAGGGAACUGGAGGGGCAGAAAAAGCUUCCCUGUUUUUUAAGGGAGGCAGAGGGACCGCAUGGGAAGUACUGAGUUCCGGGAAGCUUCUUCACUCCGGUUUGUAUUGUUGUUCAUUGUGGUUCCGUUUUUACUACCGGUCUGAUUUUACAGGAAAUGGGAGAUGGAGGAAGCUGGAUGUGAGUGGGAGCCCUCGGGUACAGGGUGCAGGCAGACCAGCGCCGUGCAAACGGGGCGAUAUCAGGGGGUAGCUGGGUCCCAACAGCUUUGAAGAGCGAAUCUUGCCCUGCCUGUGGCGUUAUCAGCGGCAGAAUUGGGGCUACAGGGUCUGAUCUGGUAUCUCUGCAGAACUGGCCUCCGCCUCUUUGCAGCUGAGCUGGGGAGAUUUUCCUGACCUCUGUUAACCUAACAGUGAUAAACCUGCUUAGAGGAAUUGAAACCAAGUUGUAUGAGCCCUUUGCUCUGAUGUCAGGGUCUGCUUGCUAAGUCUCUGCUCUUACUCCCAGUGGAAGCAAUGGCAAAUUUUGCAGUGCUGUAAGGGUGAGCAGGCUCAAACUGUAAUUUAAAAAAAAAAUCUGCUUCAAACCACAAGGCUUUUUUAAGUCAGAUGCUGAGCACUGUCAACCUACCUUGAUAUAAGAGCACUGAAAGAUGCUCAAGAACUUGGCAGGGUUGGUCCGAAGUUACUUGGAUAUGAUGAGCUCCACCAUCUCUUCCGAGUUUGUGUAACAUGGAGCAUGUUGGGAUUGCCAGUAUGUAGUAACAUGUGGAAGAUCAAGUCAGGGUAUAAAUAAUAAAUAACAAAUCUGUGUGUUCCAGUCAGUCCCUCUGAUUCUACUUCUAUUCUGUCUGCAGCUUUGCUUUUUAUGUUCUCUCUAUCCAUUCCUUUCUCUGAUUUUUCAUCACCUCAGCUUUGCAUCGCUGUCCCCCUGCCAUGGGUUAAAGCUGCGUGCUCUGGAGGCACUGCUGGUGAAACACCAGUCCUACACUUGCAGGCAGAAGCUGGCUCUGUUCUGCUUAUAGGCAGAAUAAGCUGGCAUGACCCAGCCCCCGCUCCUCGGUCCCUGCUGUUUGGUCCCUGAAGAGGAAGGUCGCUUGGUACAAAGUGUGCCCACGGUACAAGCUGAACUUCACUUUGUGCCAGCCAAGAAAUUGUUUGUUUCCACUGGAAAUCAGAGCCAUAUGCUGUUUCAGUUCUUGGCCAUCGCUUCUAUGCAUUCAUCUGUCUAAUAAAAAUAAAUGUAGAAAAUGAAAAAAAGAACCGA